AUGGUCUACACUCGGAAUCCUUACACACAAUACGCUCCGCCACCUUGGAAUCAAGUUAAAUUUGCAAAUGCCAAUAGCAGUAGUAAAACAAAGUCGACACUAUACAGUUUGCAGUAUCCAAAGAGUUAUCUUCAAUUAGUAACUAGGCAGGCACUAGUGCGUGAGAAAGAAACCAAUAGCCAAAACCUAUUGGUAUAUUUUUCUUUGUCUAGGAACGUCGUUGAGGUUCCCUUUUCGUUUCGAAAACAUUCGUUCUCGCGUCAGUAUCAAAUAACACCACCGUUUAAGAUGAGUGCGGAAAAUAAAGACGGAAAGAAUGUAUUAUUUAAAUUCGAUCAUACUUUUACAAAAAUCGCAUCUACGGGAGAGUGGAUGAAUUCACCUGAAUUUGAAUCACCCAAAAUUCCGACUGUUAAAUUUUCCGUUUCCGCGAGUAUAUAA